UGUUGGUAGCACUUGACAGGCCCCGCCCAGUUUUAGUAACUUUUUGUUGGCAAAAGUGCCAGAUGACGUAUUUCCUACCAUUCCCGCUCUUUCAAUUUGUAUUCCCGGCUAAAAAUGGCGACCGUUGAAGGUACAGGCGUGACAACAGGUCAACCUAACUUACAUAAACAGGAUUUAUUAAAAUUGGAUGUUACGAAGCUAACAGCCCUCUCACCUGAAGUUAUAAGUCGACAAGCUACAAUUAACAUUGGUACAAUUGGUCAUGUAGCCCACGGGAAGUCCACAGUAGUCAAAGCCAUUUCAGGCGUCCAAACUGUAAGGUUUAAGAAUGAAUUGGAAAGGAACAUUACAAUUAAGCUUGAGAGGGUCCAGUUCGAUGAGAACGGUAAAGUCACUUGGCCGAAACAUCUUCGACACAUGCAAGUGGACUUGAGUGCUGUAAAAAAACGCAAUGGGAUCACUCCACCAAGAAGAGGAACCAAAAGGAAACACCCAGUCAAAAAAAAGAAAACAUCUAUUCAAACCUAUGCCAAGGAAUAUAUCGUGGAAAAGAUUCUAGAACACAAACUUUCCUACAACAAGCAAAUGUUUUUAGUUAAAUGGAAAAAUUAUCCCGACAGUCACAACUCAUGGGAACCUUUAGAACACUUAGAACACUGUCCAAAAAUUUUAAUGGAAUUUUUCACCGCACACGUAGGCAAACAAGUAUUAGACGCAUUAGCAGAAAACUUUCACGUGGAGAAAAAUAUCAAACAACGCACCCUUUUAGAAUUAUUCGACUUGAAAACUCUCCCAACCAAGCUCCAACUACAGCAGAAAAUACUAAGACUAGUGGCGACCCCACCGAAUGAACGUCAAAUCGAAAAACUCGAAGAAGGGAAACAAGCGAUACUUCUAUACCAACUCGUUUUAAAGCGCGAUCGCCAACUCCUCAAACUCAAAAAGUGGGAAAAAUACAUCAAUUUCAAAGCAAAAGAAGAUGCGUUAAUCAAGGUUGAAAACAAUGUCGAUUUGGAGGAACCACCUCGCGAUUUCAUCUAUAUAAACGAGUACAUCGCGGGCAAAAACGUGACAAUUUCCUGCAAGCCCACAAGUGGCUGCGACUGCGAGGAAUGUGGACCGAGGAAAAAGCAGUGCUGCGGCCGUCAAGACCCCAACAGCUUCACAUACCGCAAACGCGACAAAAUCAACAUUAUUCCAGGAAUGGCGAUCUACGAAUGCAACGAUUUGUGCAAAUGUGGUGCCGAUUGCAGGAAUCGCGUCGUCCAAAAGGGCCGCAAAGUGCCCCUUUGUAUUUUCCGGACGAGCAACGGGUGUGGCUGGGGGGUGAAAAGCUUACGUAAAAUUCACUACGGGGAGUUUAUCUGCGAGUAUGUGGGCGAGGUGAUAACACACGAAGAGGCCGAAACUCGAGGACGCACUUACGACGCUAAAGGUCUGACUUAUCUCUUCGAUUUGGAUUACAAUUCAAAGGAUAAUCCUUAUACUGUCGACGCUGCAAAAUACGGGAAUGUUUCACAUUUUAUUAAUCAUUCGUGUGAGCCAAAUUUGGCCGUUUGGGCUGUUUGGAUCAAUUGUUCCGAUCCAAAUAUGCCUCGAUUGGCGCUAUUUUCACUGAGAGAAAUCGAGAAAGGUGAGGAGUUGACGUUUGAUUAUAUGUCGAAUAAUAUGGGGUCGCCGAUGAAUACUCCGGAAAAGUCGAGACCAAAACUGCAAACACCGGAAAAGAAUGAAAUUGGGAACGGGAAAUUGUUGCCAGGAACGUCGAUUUGUAAAUGCGCUGCGGACUCGUGUCGUCGCUAUUUGUUUGGUUAAGAUGGCGUUUAGUUGUAAUUCACAAAAAACGAAAUUGUUAUUUAAGUUAGAUUAAUAUAAUUUGUAGUACUAAUUGAAUUGUCAUUCAAAGAGAAUUAAAUGUGAGAUAUAGGGUAUACAUUUGUCAGUAAGUAACAAACGAUUCAAUUUUUUAACUAUUAAAAUCUACAAUUGUGAAGUUGUGAAUAAAUUAUGGUUUUUAUAAACCAAUGUCAAUAAAUGAAAGAUUUGUUAAAAUAAUUGUUUUGCC